ACGGGGCUGGCAGCGGGUGCAUCCCCGGAGCGAAGCGGGCGGAGCGGCCGCCGCGGGAGAUUGAAGUGCCGAGGCCGCGGCGGGGCGAGGAGCGUCAGGCGCUGCCGGCACUGCCAGCGUCGCCCGCGGGGAGGAGAAUAGGAGGAGGGGGCCGGCCGGCUGUACGCCCGGGACGCGCCCGCUCCCCGCGGCACCGGGACCCGCCGGAGCUGCCCCCGGCCCUCCGCAGCCGCCGGGGAGCCGCGAGUCCGGGCUGCGCAGGAAACUUUGCCGCUUCUCUCCGCGCUCCCCACAUGCGAGUGGACAACGUGAAGCCGGCUGCUGCUCAUCCUGCCGCUCCCGUUCCUGCUCCUGCGGCUGCAGGCGGGCCAGCGCUGCCCCCCGCUCCGGCUGCUGCACCUGUGCCCGCCCCCGGAGCUGCGCCGCGGCUUCUCCUCGCCAUGUGGGACUAGGAGGGUGCGGCGGUCUCCUCGGUGAACAUGGAUGCGGCGGGCAGGGCCGGCGGAGGGGAGCAGAGCCACCCCGGCAGCGGCAGGGAUGCCCCCGGGGACACGUCCAUGGACCGCUACCUGCGAUCUCAGGGCUUGUACAGGAAGAAAGUGGCCAAGGAUGGCUCCUGCCUUUUCAGGGCUGUGGCCGAGCAGGUGUUGCACUCUCAGUCUCGACACAUUGAUGUUAGGAUGGCUUGUGUAGACUAUCUUCGGAAAAAUAGGGACAAAUUUGAAGCAUUCAUAGAGGGGCCAUUUGAAGAUUAUUUAAAAAGUUUGGAAAAUCCACAGGAAUGGGUUGGACAAGUAGAAAUAAGUGCCCUUUCUCUUAUGUACAAGAAAGAUUUCAUAAUAUACCAGGAGCCAAAUGCUUCUCCUUCACGUGUAACUGAAAAUGGCUUUUCUGAUAAGGUGUUGCUGUGCUUCUCAAAUGGAAACCACUAUGAUAUUGUGUAUCCCGUAGAGUAUGCAGAGAAGGCUGCUCUGUGUCAAUCUCUGCUGUAUGAGUUGCUCUAUGAGAAAGUGUUUAAUAUGGAUUUAAAGAAAAUCAUGACAGAACUUAGUGCUGUUGGUGUGACAGAAGAAAGUAAUGGGAGCAGUGAAGUGUCUGCUUCUGAUUCGGAAGAUGACAACUACAGAAGUAAAGCUACAACAGUUAGCGAUAUGAAUGGAAUGAAGUCUCUUUCUGGCAACAAGCACCUUGAGAGCAAUGGGAAUCCCACCUCACUGGUGUUGCCUAAAAAGGUUCUGAAAUCGCUUGAUCCUUUGGUUUACAGAAACAUUGAAUACGAUGUUUGGCUCCGAUCCAAAUGGGAUCAGCAAAAACAAGAUUUUUCUAUUGCUGCUGGCAUGCAAUACUCCAUUGGAGAUAAAUGUAAAGUGCGCUUAGACCAUAAUGGGAAAUUUUAUAAUGCCCAUAUUCAAGAAGUUUUUUCAGAGAAUGGGCCAGUUGUUGUAUUUGUAGAAGAGCUUGGAGCAAAGUGAGUGCUUAAUCUCUUUUGGAAAGGAGCACCAAACUGAACAAAGCAUUACUUUGGUUCAGAGUUAACUUCAGCCCCUGAAAUGCAUCUGUUUCUUUACGUAGAGCAGUACUACCACAAAUUUGUUAAGAAAGCAGCAUACUAUUAAAAAAAGGAAAAAUUUAUUAUCAUUUCAUACUUCUUUCUGUAAUGCCAAGUAGUCUGGCUAUUACUUGCAGAGUAGAACAGUAGUUCCAUCAAUAGUAUUUUAAUUUUUGUGCACAAGAGUCAUUCCUAAACAGAUUGACGCCAGGCUAAUAAGGUGUUGCUUGUUAUUAAUAAUUAGAUGCUAGAUUUGUGACAAGCUUUUUGUAUUGACAGGUCUAUUAAAGCACUGAGUUCCUCUGGUGGUUGAGUAGCUCUGCCUGAUUUCAUACAGAGUGCCAAGCUGCUGUUUAGAUCAGCAUCAUGUUUGCCCUACCUGGGACAAAAAAAUGUUUGAAGUUGUUGUUGUGGGUUGUGAAUUUGGUGGUUUUGGUUGUGUGGGGUGGGAUUUUUUGUUUGUUGGGGUGUUUUGGUGGGGAGUGGGCAGGGAGAGAGCAGUCUGAGACUGCUCUGCUGUAAAUCCUGUGACUUCUGGGUCAAAAAAACCCACACUGAUUGCAGUUUGGGAAGAGGAAACACUUUCAGUCAAGGUAAAUGAGAAAGAUGCCCAUUUAUCUUAUUUGAUCACCAUUAAAAAGAAUUAUGAGAUCUGAGGAGUGUCUUGCAGUUUGAAUCCUUUUUAAAUUGGAAUUUAACCUGUUUGAAUAAUGUAAAUAUAUAACAAAUAUAUUAUACUAGUUAUGUAUUUAUAUUUUUCUAUUAAUAUAGAAUAUAUUACAUUAUUAUAGUUAUACAUUAUAAUAUUAUAUUACUAUAGAAUAAAUAUAUAAAUAAACUUUCAAAUAACAUAAACAUUUGCUUGGAUCAUCCUCUAGCAUCCUCAAUUAAAAAGGCAGUAAUUGUUCUGGGAUAUAUACCAUCAAUGUAACAUCUUUCAAUUUUGGCACCUAUUGCAGCUUUGGUAAUAAAUUUAUCUAAGUAUUGCUUUUAUCUGAGUAUAUUGCUUUUUGGGAUCAUUCUCUUUUUCUGUCAGCCCUGAAGGCAUUCAAAAAUGCCCCAAUAGGCACUUCAAAAAUGGCUGAUCAUUCUUUACUGGAUAAGUUUAUGUCAACUUGCUAGUUUUAUGUAAAAAGGAAUAAAAAAGGGUUUGCUGUUCUACACAUUGCUUGAGUGAAAUAAUAAAGGCAAAGGACUUUGAAAACAACGUUCUCAAAAAUUUAAAGAUCUGUCAAUAUUAGUGAACAUGCGGUAUUAAUUUAUGUAAACCCCAGUCUGGUCUUUUAAGAUAUUAUUCCCUCCAUAAUUCCUUGUUUUGUAGGCAUGCUGUCUCACUGAAGAGCCUUAAACCUCUUCCACAGACCUCUCCUAUGGAGGGCUGGAACACUGUGCCAGGGAAGAAGA